AAACAAAAUAAAACAAAACAUGGGGUUCUUGGGUAAGAGUGUUUUGGUGAGUCUCAUAGCACUUUGGUGCUUCACUUCCUCGGCCUUCACCGAAGAAGUAAACCAUGUGACUCAAACCCCUUCCUCUGCUCCGGCUCCGGCUCCUUACCACCACGGCCACCACCACCCACAUCCUCCCCAUCACCACCAUCCUCACCCUCACCCCCACCCACCGGCCAAAGCCCCGAUUCCUCCACCAGCCAAACCUCCGGUCAAGCCUCCGACCAAAGCCCCAGUUAAGCCCCCAGUAAAACCCCCGGUUAAGCCACCAGCCAAAGCUCCGGUUUACCCUCCGACCAAAGCCCCUGUUAAGCCCCCAGUCAAACCCCCGGUUAUGCCACCAGUUUCACCACCAGCCAAGCCUCCGGUUAAGCCCCCGGUUUACCCUCCGACCAAAGCUCCUGUUAAGCCCCCAACUAAAGCCCCAGUUAAGCCUCCGGUUUCCCCUCCAACCAAGCCACCGGUUUCUCCUCCGGCAAAGCCACCGGUUAUGCCGCCGGUUUACCCGCCGAAGUUCAACAGAAGCCUAGUCGCCGUUAGGGGUACGGUUUACUGCAAAAGCUGCAAAUACGCUUAUGCCGACACACUCAAUGACGCUAAACCCGUUAAAGGUGCUGUGGUGAGACUAGUGUGCAAGAGCAAGAAGAAAAUAGUGGCAGAGACAACGACGGACAUGAACGGAUACUUCUGGUUAUUGGCUCCAAAGACAGUGACGAACUACGGUUUCAGAGGAUGCCGUGUGUACCUGGUGAAAUCAAACGACAAGAAAUGCAACAAAGUGUCCAAACUCUUCGGUGGAGAUGUCGGUGCCGAGCUCAAGCCGGAGAAAAGGCCGGGAAAAUCGUCGGUGGUCAUUAACAAGUUCACCUACGGGAUCUUUAACGUCGGUCCGUUUGCGUUUGACCCGGUCUGCCCCAAAUGAAUACGAUGAUGCUCUGUUACUUUCUUGAAUACGUCAUGUUCAAAGAAGUUUGAAGAGAUUUGAGAGUUAAAUGUGUUUGUGCGUUGGAAUUGUAAUGUUAGCUAGUUUUUAAGUCAAUGCUUUGGGUUUUAUAAAUGUUUCUUCAAGUGACGUUGUUAAGUUUCGUUUGAAUAAAUUAGCAGCUUCAAGAAAG